GAUUCACGAGUCAUGGCUCUUCGUUUUCUACUAAAAGUCAUUAUGAGAGACCGCUACGCCUUCCCUGCCAUGUUAACUGUUCACAAGAAACGUCAUUGCUUUAGAAACAUCGUUUUACUAAAACACACUAAUCUUUUUACUCCUCUCUCUAUAUAUACCUACUAUUGUUAAUACAUUUUAGACUUGCACGGCGUUAGGUUAGAAUGGGUUCAAGCUCAACAGAAGUUUCUACGAUUGUGAAGAACUGGAGAGAGCAUCCUCCUGCUUCUUAUUCCCUCAAGAUUCAUAGCUUCUCCCAAUUUGAGAAUUCGUCUUCCUCCUCUGAUGAUAAAUACCAAUCUCGUCUUUUCUCCUCUGGUAGAUAUAAAUGGUACAGAUUGAUUGUAUACCCAAAAGGGAACGAAAAGGACAACGGGAGUGGAUUCAUUUCAAUGUAUGUGGAAAUAGACAGCAAGAGUUUGAUGGUAUUCACACCACCAACCGAGGUUUUUGCGGAGAUCCGUUUCUUUAUCUACAACAAAAAAGAGAACAAAUACUUUACUAUUCAAGAUGUAGAAGUAAAGCGUUUCAAUGCACUUAAAACGGUGUGGGGGUUGCAGCAGAUUCUUCCAUGUGAUACAUUCAGUAACCCUGAAAACGGUUACAUCUUCGAGGGAGGUCAAUGUGAGUUUGGUGUUGAUGUCAUUGUUUCCCUACCACUUACCAAUUGGGAAGUCCUCUCUUAUACUGAGAAAUUCUCUAAUUCUAAGUUCUCUUGGGCUAUAAAGAAUUUUUCUGAGUUGAAAGAGAACGUUCUGACAUCAAAAAGUUUUUCAAUGGCAGGAAAGAAAUGGUUUCUAAAGCUGUAUCCGAAGGGCGACAGUAGAGCAGAUGGAAAAUUCUUAUCCAUUUUUCUGUGUUUAGAUGAUUGUGAUAAACCAAAAGAUGAUGAGAAGAUUUCCGUGCAAGCAAAUUUCCGAGUUCUUGACAAACGUGGAUCCAAUCAUUUUCAAUGCCAAUUCAACUUCUGGUACAACGAACAACAAUUGGGUGGGGGCUGGUUUGAGUUUUUGUCUUUACCUGAACUUCCAAAGGUUUACUUGGACAAGGAAGACGCGCUGAAAGUUGAGAUCGAAUUUAAAGCUGUUUCUGCUACCAAAUACUCUCCCAUUAUCUAAGCUCUAUAUAUUUUUACUUUUAGAAACUCAAUUUUAUGUCGUUCUUCUACCAUGACUAUUGUGCUAUGUCAGACUUUUUUUGUUGACUAUCAUUUGAAUUCUCAAGUUCUAAGAAAACUUCGCGUUGUAGUUUGUUAUACUAAGCAUCACCACAAGUAUAAUCUCCCAAGCCCUUCCCCGCAAUCGUAACUAUUUGUAUACUUGGCUUGGAUCAGAGCGCAUCAGUUUUUUCAGCUUUUGGAGAUUUUACGGGAUAGGAUAGAACGAGUGUGAGAGAUAUAGAGUCGUCUUUUUCCUUUCUUCUUGUAACUCAGUGAGAGAAGCUUGUGAUCUUGUAGCUAUAAUCAUAAUGGAUUCCUCUUACCAAUGUUAAAUUGAUAUUGAAAACUCGUACAGCUGCGUGUUUUCUUCUUUCUGGUAACGCACAAAACCUCUAACCAAAUCGUAAUUUGUUAGUUCUUAGGCCAAGCUUGAGUUAGUAAACUGCAAAUUGAUUAAACAAAGAUUAACAAUAUAUGGUAAGAUAUAUA